UGCCCUCAUUGUAGCGCAUCACGAUGAGGUCACUCCAGUUAAAUUAGCCCGACCAGAGCCUGUAUUGCUAAGCUAGGACAUUAGCCUUUCAUAUAUGUGCAGGGUGGAUUAAAUAAACAACAUUUUGGACAAUGGCUGGAAGCGCAGGAGAAUGGUGUCUGAUGGAGAGCGACCCCGGGGUGUUCACGGAGCUGAUAAAAGGGUUCGGCUGCAAAGGAGCCCAGGUUGAGGAAAUUUGGAGUAUGGAGCCAGAGAACUUUGACAACUUGAAACCAGUUCAUGGGUUGAUUUUCCUGUUCAAGUGGCAGCCGGGUGAAGAGCCAGCAGGAUCUAUUGUCCAGGAUUCAAGGCUUGAUCAUAUCUUCUUUGCAAAGCAAGUCAUUAACAACGCCUGUGCCACCCAAGCGAUAGUCAGUGUUCUGCUCAACUGCUCCCACCCUGACUUGUUGGUUGGAGACACACUGACUGAGUUCAGAGAGUUUUCACAGAGUUUUGACGCUGCUAUGAAAGGUUUGGCUUUGAGCAACUCUGAAGUGAUCCGGCAGGUUCACAACGGCUUUGCCAGACAGCAGAUGUUUGAAUUUGAUGCUAAAUCGUCAGCAAAGGAUGAAGAUGCGUUUCACUUUGUGAGCUAUGUUCCUGUAAAUGGCAGAUUAUAUGAGCUGGAUGGACUUCGAGAGGGACCAAUUGACCUCGGUGCAUGCAAUCAGGAUGACUGGAUCAGCGCUGUUCGGCCAGUUAUUGAGAAGAGGAUACAAAAGUACAGUGAAGGAGAGAUCCGCUUCAACCUAAUGGCUAUUGUGUCAGACAGAAAGAUGAUAUACGAGAGGAAAAUAUCAGAGUUACAGACUCAGCUGACAGAGGAUGAACCAAUGGACACAGACCAGAGCAGCACGUUUCUUAGCUCCAUCCAGUCAGAAAUUGCCAAGUACCAGCUCCUUAUUGAAGAGGAAAAUCAGAAGCUUAAAAGAUAUAAGGUUGAAAACAUUCGACGGAAACACAACUAUCUUCCUUUCAUCAUGGAGCUACUGAAGACUCUGGCAGAGUAUCAGCAGUUAAUACCUUUGGUGGAAAAGGCAAAGGAGAAACAGAGCGCCAAAAAAGCCCAGGAGACCAAGUGAACCACAACACACACUUCAAAAGAGAAGCCUCUAAUUGCACACACAGCAUACCCACAAACCCACAGUCAGUCUUUCAUCAGUGAGCCACAAACGGAUACUUCGCAUCGUCUGUGAAUUUCAUAUUAAUGACCUUUUUAGAUGGUCUGCAGCACUUCCUCACUGUGGCAUUCUCUGAAGCAUUCAGACAUAAUGAACUGCACCGCAAGUGUAGCAGAACGACUGUCCGGCCAACAUACAUGUGUGUCCAUCUGCUCUAAUGCAUGAUAGAAGGAAAGAUGUGCUCUAAGCAUUUCUCUUAUUUUCAUAAUAAAAUAUCUAGAUGUUUGUGAA